AUGUUUCCCUCAGUACCAUUUGUUGUGGUUGUUAUUCUAACGCUUGCUCACCAAAGUUUAACUACAGAUGUUACGCCCGGUAGUAUCUGUCGUGUCGGUGGUAACUUUGGACAAUGUUUACAUUUUAAGCAUGAUCCAACAUAUCUGUCUCUGUUGCUGAAGAAAACCCGUACGGAAGAGGACGAUUCAUACCUGUUGCGGUAUGUGUGUGAUCGCCGGCAGGGUUUAACCUGCCGCACUGGUUCGGUGAACGAGGAGACUUGCGGGAUGCAGAUGGAAAAUCGCAUCGUCGGUGGACAUGUAACGUCUAUCGAUCAGUACCCCUGGAUGGCAUUGCUUCAGUACUACAACCAUCGAAAGGGAACGAAACGGUUCGGCUGCGGUGGAGCCCUACUCAAUCGUAAAUUUGUCCUAUCGGCGGCACACUGCUUCUCGCGGCUUCCAGCUGGACUUGAGCUACAUAAAGUUCGACUAGGUGAGUGGGACACCGAGUCCGAUGUUGAUUGUGAAGAUCUGGAUGAUGAACUAUCCUGUGCCGCACCGGUCCAAGAUUUUGGCUACACAAGAAUAAUCAUUCACGAGGAUUACAACGGCAAUCAUGCUGAUCGUGCGAACGAUAUUGCACUGAUCGAGCUAGCCGGACAGGCUGAGUACAACGAGUUCGUAAAGCCUAUCUGCCUCCCGGAGCCUGGUACACCGAACAAGGAGAAGCUGUACUUUGGCAGCAUGUGGGCUGCAGGAUGGGGCCGAACGGAAACAGCAUCUGGAAGUCGCUUUAAAAUGUUCGUACCACUCGAUCAGUUCGAUCUGCAAAACUGCAACGAGACGUACCAAAGGCGUGUGAAGGUCCCGCUCACGGAUUCCCAAUUCUGCGCCCUGGGAACUCCGGGCAAAGAUACCUGCAAUGGAGAUUCUGGUGGACCACUGAUGAAGCCAAUCAAAUCGCUAUACUACGUCGUGGGGAUUGUUAGUUUUGGGCCGCAAAAGUGUGGUAGCGGCAUACCGGCCGUCUAUACCAGGGUCGAUAAGUUCUACGAUUGGAUCGUGGGUCAUAUGGUGGAGUUUGAAAAUUAA